CCCUCGGAAAAUUUUACCAAAUUCAGUAUUGUUAGAAAGCACACUAAUAGUCAUUCGUGCGAUGAGUCACCAAACCAUAGCAAAAAGAACCAUAUUGGUGCAUUAUUGGAAGAAAACAAAGAAUUUCAAACUGAAUGUCUAAUAUUCCGCUGUUCUGUUUUCGGUGGCGCUGUCCUUGCUUAA